GCCGCCAUCUAUGAAGCUAUUGAUGAAAGGUGCUAUCGAAGCUGCACCGGUCCAAGAGGAUUCGCCAGUUGCAAUUGAUAAAAGCAACGACAGACCGCUGAACGUGAUUCUGCUGCUAGUCGACGAGCUCUACCGAAGCGACGUGCCUGCGUACCUCGAAAACCGAGAUGAGUUUCCCGUUCGCGGGCAUUUGGAGACCUGCCCCGCGGUCGCCGGUCAUACGAAGGGGGAUGUAAGCUGCGAUUGCGACCAAAAAUUGGGAUCGAGCAUCGUUUCGUUGAUUUCAUGGGCUGAACGAACCAGAAACAUGUCGAUAAGUGACCUUUACAAGAUAUCACCUAGUCUUUCAGACUCUCGAGCACGUCUGAUCUAUGGUCAACGUCGAGAUGCAUUAGAGUUAUCGCAAACUGAGCCAACCUCGCAGGGUGAGAAAACGAAAAUGCCAUUGAAGUUUAAAAACACCAUCUUCGGCAGCCUUGUCGAUGGAUUGAGGAAGACUCAACUGCGUGCACCUACCAUUGUUCAUCUUUCCGAUGUUAAAAAGUUGAGCUUCAAAGAAAAUCAACGAGGCCAUCUAGUAAUUAUGCACGUUGAAGUCGAUGAGCUUGGCAACGUCCUUGAACACUUAAAGCACUACGUUUCACCAUCAAAUACCCUGACGAUUGUGAUGAACUCUUGUCCACAAGACCGUACCAAUUUGGUACCGUAUUUCGCUGGUGGAAGUGGCGCGGAACAACUUGCUUAUGUUGGUAAAUUAGAGUACCUCCAAAAUUUGCCUUCUGCUAUUCCUGCCAUCAUUGGUCAACCGGCAUUUGCUAAGAUGGAAAAAAUUUAUUACGACAAUAAUGAGAGACGGAAAAGACAAGACGCACCAGCCGAUGACAGCGGCCAAGAAGCUAUUACCCAUUCAACAUUGAUGAUCAUUGCUGUUGUAACUGCCACAAUUACUCGUGCUUUUAAAUUGUAAUUUCACACACAUUCUUAUUGUUUAUACGUACAUAUUUACAUUGUUCGUUCAAAUAUUUAAAUUCAGUUUGCAUCAUUUGCGAUUUACUAAAGUAAUGAAAUUUUAAUAAAAUAAUGGCUUAUGAUCAAAGACAUGUGUAUCCGAAAUCUCAAUAUAAAAGCACUCAAUAGAAUUUUUACUCAAAUCAAUUACACAGAUACUAAGUUUUCGAUUAUGUUUUGUUUAUAUUCUUGA